AUGACGUACACUUUUGAUGUCACCUACGACGAAGCAGAGCGGCCCCAACGACUGCAUAUCGCCUUGGAGCUUCCCCGCGAGUGCAAUCGCUUCUCAAGACAGCAACGCAUGCUCAAUGUUCGAGUUUCCAGCUGGAACUCUAGCCUCUCCCUUCUAUUUCGACGUCGCAGCGCCGCCUACAUCGCACCCAUACCUCAUUUUCUGCCCCAGAAUGGCACCACCUUACGUGUCCUGGUACAGAACACGACAACGCAGCUUCCCUGUCCACUGAGCUCAGCGAGGGCUACACUCAUAAUCAACUACCCGGAGUGUACAGCCGCAGAACAGUCUACUCGCCCGCGACGUAGCCACUCAAGGACCUCCAGGGCGAAGCAACACGCAGGACAUCUUUCUGGAGCGACUCCUAGGUGGCGUUCAGCCGGUCGGAAAUCGUUUCCCAGUGCAUGCUCCCUGAGACCCCUCUACGUUGACUUACAAGAAAUUGGAUGGGGUGAUUGGGUGAUCGCACCUCGAGGGUUCUUCGCCCAACAGUGCACAGGCAGGUGUACAUUUCCUAUGAGUGAUCGGGAUAUGACAUCCCACUCAGCAAUACAAUCGCUCCUGCACAACGUGAUCCCCGACGUGCCACCUGCAUGCUGCGUUCCCGUCAAACACAAGUCGCUCAGCAUGCUCUUCUUCGACUCCCGAGGACACAUAGUGCUCAAGAAGAUUACCAACAUGAUAGCGACCUCUUGUGGCUGCCGCUAA